UUGAAUAUUCACGAAAACCCCAUCGAAGAACUACAAACGGGUCUCAUGUGUGAAAUUGGAAUGAAUAAUCGAGAGCCUGCGGUUAUACAAAGAUUAAUAGCAUCUGGAAUGACAGUAGCUCGUUUGAACUUACGAGAUUUAGAGCCUGAUGCUUGCGCUCAGUUGAUUCAAAGCAUUCGUCAAGCAGUCUAUAAUUAUAGCGCUGAACUAGAAUUUGUGUACCCCUUAGCUUUAAUUGUCGACGUAAGGGGUCCUGAUAUCAUAACAGGAGAUCUGAAAGGUGGUCCUCGUACAAUAAUUGACCUGAUACAAAACGAAAGUAUUAGACUCACAACUGAUGGUAGCUGGAGAGAAUGUGGUACAUCUGACUGUUUAUUUGUUGGGUAUGAUCACCUCACCGAGUUGCAGCAAGGUGAUAUUUUGUACAUUGAUAGUCUCUCGUCCGGAAAAAUUAAAUUAAUUGUCUCGGAAGUUGGAGACGACUCAAUUGAAUGCUUUAUUGCCGUCGGCGGAACAAUAGGCUCUAAAAUGACUGUCCGUAUAUCGAAAGUUCCUACUGAACUAGCACCUCUUGAUAGAAAAGAACGGCAGAGUAUUGACUCUAUGGUUUACAGUGAUACUUCGCAACAAGCUUUUGAAUACAUGGAAGAUCAAAUUGCUUGGGCUGUUGCGUCAGACAUUGAUGCAGUGCUUGUCCCGAAUUCUCAAACCGUUCAAGACAUUCGUCAUGUUAGAGAUAUCUUGUCUGAAAGAGGAAAACAUAUUCUUGUUUUUGCCUGCAUCGACUCUGUUAUAGGGCUCGAUAAUAUUGAUGAUUUAUUAUCUGAAAGUGACGGUAUAUAUCUAGACAGAUGUAUUUUGAGUACUGACUUGCCUGUAGAAAAAGUUUUUAUUGCUCAAAAAGUAAUUCUUGCCAAAUGUAAUGAAGUAGGAAAGCCUUGUAUAUGUAAAGCUGUUAUAAAUGAGCAAAUACCAACAUUGUGUGUAACCGAUAUAGCCAAUCUGGUAUUAGAUGGGGCUGAUACACUUUCAUUAGAAUUACACUAUGAUUCGCCAUUGAAAAAAUUUUCUCCUGCAUUUGACGCUGUACGAAUGGCAGAACAUUGUCUAGCUGCAGCAGCAGUCAUUUGUAGGCAAGCAGAGAGAGUAACUUGGCAUCCUAAAAUUUAUGGGAACAUUGAGUUAAUGCAAAGUCCUCUAGAGGAACCAACAAAAUCAAUAUGUGUUAGUGCAGUAGAACUGGCCAUGCGUUCUCAAGCUGUUGUUAUUAUUUGCUUAACAAAUUCUGGGCGAACAGCAAAAAUCCUAUCCCACGCUAAACCUACAUGUCCCAUAGUUGCAGUAACGAGGGCGUGUCAUACAGCAAGGCAAUUAAGAUUUUGGAGAGGGGUUCGGGCUAUGCAUUACUUUGAAGUUGCUAAAAGUAGUUGGAUUGUAGAAGCUGAUGCCAGAAUUCACGCUGCACUUGAUUAUUGUAAAGCAAAAAGGUUACUUCGUGCUGGCGAUCCUUAUGUUAUAGUAACCGGUUCAAGACGAGGAGUGGGGUAUUGUGAUGCUAUACGACUCUUAUAUGCGAGUGCCCGUGAAACUGUAUUAGUAGAAUAA